GCUGUGUUUAUUGCCCGGGACUCUUCGAAACGGAAUAGUUGAAUAAGAAGAUGGCACUAUAUUUCCUGCCGUUUACCAUUCGCACAUAAACUCAACAGAGAUUGCAUAUCGAUUUUUGUGAUGGCUUACAAAAUGCCUAACAUUCUGGACUAUCAGCGCGUCGAGAAAAUUGGUGAAGGAACGUACGGUGUUGUGUAUAAGGCGAAGGAUAUCAAUACCCAAAAAUAUGUGGCUCUCAAGCGCAUUAGAUUGGAUAGCGAAAGUGAAGGCGUUCCUUCUACGGCAAUCCGAGAAAUUUCUUUGCUCAAAGACUUACAGCAUCCUUCGAUUGUUGUUCUGUUCGACGUAGCCGUAAGAGAUUCCAGUAUUUAUAUGAUUUUCGAAUACUUAGAUAUGGAUUUAAAAAAGCUGUUGGAUAAGUAUAAAUCGGCCUUCACUCCGAAGCUCGUCAAAAGUUACAUGCACCAAAUGUUGGAUGCGAUAGCAUUUUGUCAUUUGCAUCGAAUAUUGCACCGAGAUCUCAAACCGCAAAACUUACUAAUCGACCGAGAAGGACAUCUGAAACUAGCCGAUUUUGGAUUGGCAAGGUCUUUCAAUUUCCCAAUGCGAUCAUAUACACAUGAGGUCGUUACACUGUGGUACCGUGCACCAGAAAUCUUGCUGGGAACUAAAUUCUACGCUACAGGGGUGGACAUUUGGAGUUUGGGCUGUAUAUUUGCUGAGAUGAUACUAAAAAGGCCACUUUUUCCAGGCGAUAGCGAGAUUGAUCAGCUUUACAGGAUUUUCCGAACCAUGGGAACACCGAACGAGCGUAGUUGGCCAGGCGUUUCGCAGCUACCAGAUUAUAAAAGGACUUUUCCUUGCUGGGAGCAACAACCAAUUCCAGACGAGAUCGUUCGCUUCGUGGCUCAGGAUUUAUUUCGUGUGCUAAUGGUUUACGAUCCUACACAACGUAUUUCGGCUAGUAAUGCCAUGGCACAUCAAUACUUUGAUGAUGUCGAACUUGUGGCUCCUGGAAUUUAGUACUUCAAAUGGUUUGAUGAUUUUUUUAUUAGCCAAAUUUUCAAUUUGGGUUCCUCAGGCCCCAGUUAGUAAAUUACCACAUUAUACUACAACGGAACAUAAACUAAUUAUUAUGCUUGACUUUGACUCAGUAUGCUCUGCUUUAUUCCGCCACUCAGCGCGAUUUUUUUAAAUAAUGCGACUCACGAGAGACUAUUCUAAUGUCCGCUUGAUUUGAACUAUUUCGGGCGAUUUAUCGUAGUUUAUCUACUGACUUCGCAAUACAAUGUAUACAAUUGUUUUCGUUUAUGAAAUACGUAAUCCUAAGCGUGAUUUGACAGCAGCACAAUUUUAUUUAUCAUGCUAUUUAACGGACAAUGUUUUUCAAUGUUUCAUACGUGGUUUUAACAAUCCCGCAGAUUUUAACGUAAGUGAGCAUAUGUGACUCAACACGGGGAUGGCCAGCCUGUCAGAUUACUCUUAUCUUGUGUCAAUUCUGGCAAAGCAACCAAAUACUUACAAUCAAUGGAAUGUUUCGCAUAGUAUGUGUUAUUUUAAGUAAUAUUUAGUACAUUUACUUGAAG